UUACAAUCUGGACAAACACGGGGACAUCAUCUUAAUAAAAAUUCAAUAAUAUGUACAAAUGUAUAUUCUGUUCAUAAUUAUCCCUCAAACUUAGAUUAUCUGCAGUUCUGCCUCGAGAAAUCCAUUCUUAAUAGUUAUAGAAUAGAUAGUCAAACGACUUAUGGGCGAUGUUAAUAUAACGAUGUGCAUUAUCACCUGGAGAGAAUUCAACCUAUGAAAUGGGUUGGAGCUGGAGUCAAACCUUACUACACUUGCUUGGCACGUUCAUCCGUCAUCAUGGCGGAAAAUUUUACGGAACAAAGUGCACAGCUUCCGGUCACAGUAACACGACGGAAAACCGGACGACAAUCAUCAUUGCUGGAAAAAACUCGAAAUUUGUCACAGGAUCAGAUAGCAGUCCAGUUUAACAACCAGCAAGUAAUUUUUACUGCACCCGACGAAUUGAAAACAAAGGAUCCAUCAGAAUACGAAUUCCAACUUUUUUACAAAGCAAAUGACAGUGAUGACGUCAUUCGGUUGGAACAGCAACAAGUUUCACCAGAGUGGAAAGAACGACCAGAAGGAGUUCCGAAGUCAAUCUUUGACGCUAUAAAAGCACAUUUACGGUGGGGUCAAAAUCCAGGAGAGACCGACGAGACGAUGGAUUCAAGUCCGCAAUUUUUAUCGUUGAUGGAGGAAGUCGGAGACAGAUUGACUCCGCUAAUUUGCAGCUUCACUCACCAAGACGGGACAAUUACGCCUAUUCAACACAUCGGGAAUGACGUCUGCAUUAGAUGGUACAAACGGAGGAACAUCCUCUACAAAGUUAAAGAAAACGAGAGUUUUGGAUGGAAGGGAGGAUCGAAUCAGAUUUGUUGUAUUAGUUCGUGCUGGACAAUUUCAAAGGUAAUCAAAGCAUAUUUAAAAAAUCAUCUAUUGAAUUUAUUAUUAAUGUAUAAAUUACUUAUACAGGACCAAACAGUGGGCAAAUGCAGACUCCAUUCGGAAAAGUCACAGGAAGUGAUGUUAUUGCGGGAUAUAAAUAAUUACGAUAACCCCACAAUUAUUAUUUAUUGCCCAAAAUUAAAGAUGUCCCCAUAUUCAGAGGCUGACAUAAAUAAAGUUAUGUCAGCAUCUUGGUUUCGAAAAGAUUACGCUACUAUCAAUCGUUACAUGACCCAGCGUGAAGAUUUAUCAAAACUUCUUGUUUCCCCUUGUGAGCCGCCCUUGUUUGUGAUUGAUCGGUCAAUUCCUGUUCCAACGACUUUAUCAACACGUCAAUACAGUAUUAUAGGGGUUGGUACAUCUCUUUUGGUUUUCUUCCACAAUUACGUAUACAAAGACUACAACGACCCGAUAGUCCUACUUAUGGAGCAAAUUAGUUUCAUGGAGGUGGAUGUUGAUUUUUGGGAUGAAGUUCACACUUUCCUCAACAACAAUGGAAUUGAUUUCAAAACUUCACCCGUUUCAUCAUCACAUGAAAUUCAACCAGCUAAAUAUUUCCCCCCAAAUAUUGACCUGUAUAAACCAUACAGCUAUAUUGGACAUAAUCGUCAAGGAGGAUUAUACGAUGGUGCGUCUACAGCUCUAAACCCCAGAAGAAUUUAUCCCGGUAGCAGCUCUCACUCUACAAUGGAAACUUCGAUGACCCCAUUCCAGGACACAAUAAUUCCCUUAUUCCAACAAAUUUUAGAAGAUGAAACGGAGAUGACCAAGCUUGCGUUGCAAGCAGAGUACUUGGGGACCUGCGCCACAAUCAUUGCGACUUUAUUGGGAUUGGAGACUAACGGAAGAAGGAUCUAUCCAUUGACCCAACAAAUCGAUCAUCAUUUCGACAGUGUAGUACAUCCGGAGCUACUUUUCUCACUGUUUUCAAUUAAGACAGGUUUACAAUUACAGGUAGACAUGAGUCAACUAAAUUUUGACAAUGGAAAGCCCGACAUUUUAUUCUAAACUAGUUUCUCGUAUUUGAUUUGAUUUUGUAUGGGCUAUUUUUUAUGUUCAAAUUCCUGCAUAAAUGACGAUGAAUUGUAAUAAUUGCUCCCGUUAGUUAAAAUAUGUUUUGUUUGAUUGAUGAAUUACUGACUACCUAAUAAAUUAUAUUAUUUCUUGAUACUUA